UUUAAACUGCUAACCUUUCGUCUAGUAGUUGGGGAAUUACACUUUACACUACCCAGGGACUCCAUGCUUCAUUUGCUAGGAGUACUAAACUCAGAAGGAAUAAAACCCCUCUGUCCAAAUUCAAAACUAAGUUUGUUGUAUUUGUGUUAAUAAUUCCAGGCUCUUGGUAGUUGGAACAGCUUUAGGACUCUUUUGUGGCACUACAUUAUUUAUAAUGAUAAUAUCACUUUUAUCACUGUCUUCAUCCUUUGGCUCAGAGUUUGUUUCAGUCUGCUACGGAUAGCCAAAAAGGCUAUUAUGAGUAGGUUGGUGGAAUCUGCCAGAAGUCUGAUUGUUUCUAAUAAGAUUAUUCUCCUGGUUUGCUGAUCUCACUGUUAUAAUGAGGUUGUGGCUAUUUGCAAUCAGUGAUCAGGUCUGUUACUUGAUCAAGACUCUUCCCUGCAACUUCUAUACCUUUAUAUCUUUGAUGUGGUGAAAAACAGGUGAAAUUGUGCACUACAGAUUAGUAAGUAAGCACAAGUAGGCCUGUGCGUACCUUGCUUAUUGGGUAGUCUGCCCCUGCCUGAGAAGAUGAGAUCUCCACUUGAAAGCUUCAAAUAGAGAUUCUCCUGCUAGGGUUGAAUGAUGGAAUUUUAUCUAAUAUUAUCUGAAAUAAGGUGACUACUUGCACCACACAGAAUAUCCACUGUUGUGAAAUGAGAAUAGAUUUUUGGUUGUACACUUCUAUUUUGAUUGACCUGAGAAAUUAAAAUUAUCAUCUCAGGAAAGGUCAUUUUCAUAUGUUUUGGAUUAUAUUGACCAUUAUAGGCUUGGAAAUAUUGUUUAAUCCAUUCUCACCUAGUCCAUGCAGAAGUCCCUUCCAGUGAUGGGAUGAACUUACAACCUACAAGAAAAGUGAACAAGUCCUAAUUCCAAGAGAAGAUGACUUUUAACAGUUUUGAAAGAUCUAAAACUUUUGCACCUGCAGACAUCAAUAAAGAUGAAGAAUUUGUAGAAGAGUUCAAUAGAUUAAAAACUUUUGCUAAUUUUCCAAGUAGCAGUCCUGUUUCAGCUUCAACGCUGGCACGAGCUGGUUUUCUGUACACUGGUGAAGGAGACACUGUGCGAUGCUUUAGUUGUCAUGCAGCAGUAGACAGAUGGCAAUAUGGAGACUCAGCAGUUGGAAGACACAGGAAAGUAUCCCCGAAUUGCAGGUUUAUCAAUGGCUUUUAUUUUGAAAAUAAUGCUGCUCAACCUACAAAUCCUGGUGCCCAAAAUGGUCAGUACAAAGUGGAAAAAUAUCCAGGAAACAGAAAUCAUUUUGUUUUAGAGAGGCCAUCUGAGACUCAUGCAGACUACCUUUUGAGAACUGGACAAGUUGUAGAUAUAUCGGACACCAUAUACCCAAGGAACCCUGAAAUGUGUAGUGAAGAAGCUAGACUAAAGUCAUUUCACAACUGGCCAGAGUAUGCCCACUUAACCCCAAGAGAGUUAGCUAGUGCUGGACUCUACUACACAGGUAUUGAUGAUCAAGUGCAGUGCUUUUGUUGUGGUGGAAAACUGAAAAAUUGGGAACCUUGUGAUCAUGCAUGGUCAGAACACAGGCGACACUUUCCUAAUUGCUUCUUUGUUUUGGGCCGGAAUGUUAAUACUCGGAGUGAAUCUGAUGUCUUGAGUUCUGAUAGGAAUUUCCCAAAUUCAACAAAUUCUCCAAGAAAUCCAGCUAUGGCAGAUUAUGAAGCACGGAUCAUGACUUUUGGGACGUGGAUAUACUCCGUUAACAAGGAGCGGCUUGCAAGAGCUGGAUUUUAUGCUUUAGGUGAGGAUGAUAAAGUGAAGUGCUUUCACUGUGGAGGAGGGCUAACUGAUUGGAAGCCCAGUGAAGAUCCUUGGGAACAACAUGCUAAGUGGUACCCAGGGUGUAAAUAUCUGUUGGAAGAGAAGGGACAUGACUAUAUAAACAAUAUUCAUUUAACCCAUUCACUUGAGGAAUCUUUGGCAAGAACUGCUGAAAAAACACCAUCACUAACUAAAAGAAUUGAUGAUACCAUCUUUCAAAAUCCUAUGAUACAAGAAGCUAUACGAAUGGGAUUCAGUUUCAAGGACAUUAAGAAAAUAAUGGAGGAAAAAAUUCAGACCUCUGGGAGCAACUAUAAAUCAUUUGAGGCUCUGAUUGCAGACCUAGUGAGUGCUCAGAAAGACAAUGCACAAGAUGAAUCAAGUCAAACUUCAUUGCAGAAAGAGAUAAGUACUGAAGAGCAGCUAAGACUCCUGCAAGAGGAGAAGCUUUGCAAAAUCUGUAUGGAUAGAAAUAUUGCUGUAGUUUUUAUUCCAUGUGGACAUCUGGUCACUUGUAAACAAUGUGCUGAAGCAGUUGACAGAUGUCCCAUGUGCUACACAGUCAUUACUUUCAAGCAAAAAAUUUUUAUGUCUUAAUCUAACUCCACAGUAGGCAUGUUAUGUUCCUAUUACUCUGUUUGAAUGCAUGAUGUGAACCGACUUUAAGUAAUCACCAUUGAAUUCCAUUAACAUUUGCUACCCAAGUAGAAAACAUAAACUGUAAUGUUUUAGUUGGCAAUCUAAAAUUUAAGUUUUUGGAGUUUUCAGGAAAUUGUCUAUAUUAUUUAUCCUUUUUUUUUAAACUGUUACUCAAUUGAAACCCUAGGCUAAGAAGCAUCAUAUAUGAUCACAACAUGUAUUUGUAGUACACUGACUUGGUUUGUAAGUGUAAGUGAAUUAAUCAACUGAAGUUUUCAUUCUUUUCAGAUAGGCUUAGCAAAGGGAGCGUUCUGUGUGAUUGGGGAGAUUAGGCUUAAUCUCCCCAAUCACAUAAUUUGUUUUGUGUGAAGAAGGAAUGAACCAUUCCACACUGGCAGAAAGAUAGAGAUUACUUUUAGAUUUUUGUCUUUGUCUUAGGGUUAUGUUCAUUUUGUUUUAAAAUUAUACACAUGUAUUUGUGUGAAUGAUGUAAAAAGGUGAUUUUGUCAUUUUUAAAAAUAUUUUAAUGAUAGAAUACCAUCUAGCCUACAUGUACUGACAUGGAAAGAUGUCAAAGAUACAUUAAGUGUAAAAUGCAAGUGGCAAAUCACUAUGUCUAGUAUGAGCCAAAUUAAGGUGUCUAUGUUUUGUAUAUGUGUAGAACACAAGGUUUGGAAAGAUACGCACCAAACUUUUAAAUGUCCUUUCUCUUGAGGGGGCUGGGAGGAGGGUCCCGGAUGGGGUUUACAGGGGCCUUUCCCUUUCUCCUUUUUUCAUUUUGUUCUGUUUGAAUUUUUUAUAAGUAUGUAUUUUGUAAUCAGAAUUUUUAGAAAUUAUUUUACUGAUUUAAAGGCUUAGGCAUGUUCAAACACCUGCAAAACUACUUAGCGCUCAGCUUUAAUUUUUCUAAUCCGAGAAGGCAGGGCAGUUAACCUUUUUGGUGCCAAUGUGAAAUUUAAAUGUUGUUAUGUGUUUCCUGCUUUGUGGAUGAAAAAUAUUUCUGAGUGGUAGUUUUCUGACAGGUAGACCAUGUCUUCUUCUCUUGUUUCAAAAUAUUUCUGAUUUUGUAAAAUGAAAUAUAAAAUAUGUCUCAGAUCUUCCAAUUAAUUAGUAAGGAUUCAUCCUUAAUCCUUGCUAGUUUAAGCCUGCCUAAGUCACUUUACUAAAAGAUCUUUGUUAACCCAGUAUUUUAAACAUCUGUCAGCUUAUGUAGGUAAAAGUAGAUGCAUGUUUGUACACUGCUCAUAGUUAUAGUGACAGCUUUCCAUGUUGAGAUUCUCAUAUCGUCUUGUAUCUUAAAGUUUCAUGUGAAUUUUUACCGUUAAGAUGAUUGUUUAAAGUGUAUAUAGGACAAAUGUUGUCUUUCCUCUACCUAAAGUUUUUUGUUUGUUUUCUUGACUAGUAAUAGUAGUAGAUACUUCUGAAAUAAAUAUUCUCUCAAGAUCCUUAAAACAUCUUGAAAAUUAUAAAGUACUGACAAAAAGAGAAGAAUAGUUGUUUAAAUAUUAAAAAAAAAAAAACACUUGAGUAAGAGUUCGUAUGCAAGUUGAAAAAUGCUUCAUAGACCACCCAGGGUUUAUAUUACAAGAUUCUCACAAUGACCUGUUUGUUGUCGAGAUGAAGUGAGGCAUUUUACUGCAGAGAAAAGUUUGAGUGAAACUGUUAAAAAUUAUAUUUUCAUUGUAUUUUCUAAGAGAAAGAGUAUUGUCAUGUUCUCCUAAACUGUUGAUUACUACUUUCAUGUGAUAUUCAUUUAAAGCAUUGCAAAAUUUAAAUGAGAAUUUUGUUUAAAUUAAAUAAUGACUGCCCUGUUUUUAUUUUACCAUGUAAAUCCUCAGUUCUUUACCUCUGCACUGUCUUCCACCAAGGUCUAGUUAUAUAUUAGAGUUAAAUUUGUCACAUACAGUCUAAGCUUUAAGUUCAAAUUUAAAGCUUUCUACAAGGGGAGAAAAGUGUUCACAUUUAUAAGUGUGUUUUUCAAGACACUUCAGCUCCAAGUCAAGUAGUUAGUUCAGUCUAGUUGCUAGCCAAGGACUGAAUUGUUUGAGCAUAAGGCUUUUCCUGUUCUGAGAGCCUCAGUUCAUUAAAACUCUUCUUUUAAAAACUUGUAUGUUUAGAGUUAAGCAAGACCUUUUUCCCCCCCAUGAGUUGUGAAAUUUAAUGCAUGCAGCUGAUGUGGCUAACAAGUUUAUUUUAAGAAUUGUUUAGAAGAUGCUGUUGCUUUAGGUUCUUAACACUCAGCACCCCUCUAGCUUCUAAUCAGAUUUUUGAGGCUUACCCGUCUUUGUCUAUGUUUGUACUAUUAAAAGCACUGGAUCCUUCCCAUCUAAUUGUGUAAAAUUGAUCUUUUGCAAGGUCAAAAAUAUAAGCAGUUCCAACUCUCUCCCCCUAAAAAAAUUAGUUCUCGGUAUCUAUGUGUCGACAUUCCAUUUUCUGUAUAAAGUUCACUCUAGGAUUUUAAAGUCACCAUCUAUUUUACUAUAUCUCAGUCUAGUGAAGAUUCAGUUUGUUUGUAAUGAAUAGUUGUCUUUAUUUGUAAUAAUUUAGAGUGCUGAUCAAAAGCCUUGUCUUAAUUUUUGAGAAACGGAUUUAAUGUUUAUAAAUUCCAGUUUAUUUAAUGACACUGUGUUGAUUUUUCUGCUAGAUUUGUGUCCACCUCCCCACCUUUGGUUAGUGGCUGAAGUGGGGUAGGGUAGGUGUAUAUAAUGUGAUUUGGCCCUGUAUAUUAUGAUCUUUUGUUGUUAUGUGAUUUAAACUUUGAUAGUUGUUUUUUCCUUUUUCCUUUUGUAUUUUGAACUCUCUGAAUGGAGACUACCACCACAGCAUUAGUUGCAUAUAUUGUACGCUUUAGACCCAAAUCACUGUAUUAUUUCCUGAUUACCCAGGUGUUGAAUUGGGCAAAGGAGUGGAAGGGGUGGGAGAAGUGGAAUAGGUGGUAUAAUUUCCAUUAGGGAAAUAAGAAAAUGGGAAGGAAUGUUUGACCAAUGUAGUUUCUUUUUAGUCGGAUCUGCUUAAAAAAAAAAGAGGUAGC